AUGCCCGCCCAUCAACGACUCGACGCCCUCGCCGGCCACCUCACCUCGGCCGCCAGUAAUACCCCGGCGCCACCGUCACCCGGACUGAAGAAGAUCCUGGAGAAGAAGGAAGAUGAUAUUGUCAUCACAUACGCCACCCGCACGCCGUUGACCAAGGCACGCAAAGGCGGACUCAAAGACACGCCGACGGAAGAGCUGCUAAUCCACAUCCUACGGGCGGUCCGGGAGAAAUCCGGCAUCGACCCCAAUGUGGUGGAAGACGUGUGCGUGGGCAACGUGUUGACGCCGGGCCCAGGCUUCCACGCCCGCAGCGCCGUACUGGCUGCCGGCUUCCCUGUCAGCACAGCGGCCAGCGUGGCGAGUCGGUUCUGCUCGUCGGGCUUGCUGGCCAUCCAGACCAUCGCCGGCGCCAUCGCCCUCGGGGCCAUCCAGGUCGGCAUCGCCGUGGGCUGCGAGAGCAUGUCGAGCCACCAAGACAUACCGCCCGUUCUAAGCGACGCCAUCACCUCACACCCGGUGGCCAGGGAUAACCUGCAGCCCAUGGGCUGGACGUCCGAGAACGUGGCUCGUGAUUUCCACGUUUCACGCGAGGCCCAGGACCGUUACGCCGAGAUGUCUCACACCCGGGCCGAACGUGCACGGUCACAAGGCUGGAGUGCCGACGAAAUCACCCCUGUCACCACUCGGUGGGUCGAUCCCCAGACUGGCGAGGCUCGCACCAUCACCGUCGACCAGGACGACGGCAUCCGGCCGGGCACGACCUACGACCGUCUCUCCACCAUCAGGCCGGCUUUCCCGCACUGGGGUCCAACCACUACGGGCGGCAACGCGUCUCAGGUCACAGACGGUGCCGCGGCAGUGUUGCUGAUGAAGCGCUCCACGGCCGAGAAGCUGGGCCAGCCCAUCAUGGCCAAAUAUGUCACCAGCACGGUGGUCGGGUUGGAGCCGCGUAUCAUGGGCAUUGGUCCAUCCCUGGCCAUUCCGAAAGUGUUGGGCUUGACCGGUCUGACCAGGGAGGAUGUUGAUUUGUGGGAGAUCAACGAAGCGUUUGCGUCGAUGUACGUCUAUUGUGUGGAAAAGCUCGGUCUGGACGUGAACAAAGUCAACGUCCGUGGUGGAGCCAUUGCAAUCGGCCACCCGCUCGGCUGCACCGGCACUCGCCAAGUGGUUACGGUCUUGUCGGAGCUGCGUCGGCGCAAGGCCAGAGUUGCGGUGACGAGUAUGUGUGUCGGCACUGGGAUGGGUAUGGCGGGUGUUUUUGUGUCUGAGGUGUGA